AUGCCACCAAAGAAGUCAGGAUCUCGCAAGAAGUAUGAAAAGAUGAAGGCAGCACAAAUAGAGAAGCACAACCAAUCUCGGUUGAUGAGCUCUUCUCAACUGCUUGCAUUUGGAGACAUGUCAAAAGUCCCAGGCAAUUUUGAUAUGGAAUGCACAGAAUGUGGAAUGAAACAGAAAAACCGCGCCUUUUGCUAUUUCUGUCACGCGAUGCAAAAGCUGCCUGUUUGUGCGCAGUGCGGACGAAUGAAGUGUAGCGGCGUUGGAACGGAUUGUCUCGUAAAACAUUCGGGUACCACUGUAACAGGAUUAAAGUUUGUCGGCUCCAUCUGCGAUUUUUGCGAAGCCUUUGUUUGUCAUUCGAAAAAGUGUACCGAAGAGCACGCUUGCGCAUGCCCAUUCCGCGAGUCUCCCGAUCGCGGCGCCCUCACAAUCAAAUGCUGCGAAUGCCAGCGUGACGUCUGGCAUCAUGGAGGGAAGAUGUUCCAGUGCAACAUCUGCGGCAAGUGGUGCUGUCAAGAUGAUCACUUUGAGCAUCAAGCCAUGUGUCAAACCCUGGAAGGCGACAGUUUCAAAUGUAUAUCGUGCAACAAACGCGGUCAAUGGUCGUGUAUGCGAUGCAAAAUCAGCUACUGCGAUCUUCACGUUCUCUCUGCGCUCAACAAAGAUCGGAGUGGCGUGUAUCGCUGCAAGAAAUGCCAGUUCGAGCUGAAAGACGUCUCCAAUCUUUCGUUGAGCGUCAAACGGCACGAAUUUGGCCGCCAAGGCGCGUAUCAAUCGGACAAUGAGGACAGCGAGGACUACCCAUCGUACGGGUACAACGAUUCCAAUUGGUGUGUUUGUGCCAAACAGAACAGAAAUCAAUGCUGGCGUUGA